AUGACUGUUCCUGCUAAUUGUUCUCGCAAGGGAAUUGGAAUCAUCAUUUUUGAGAAAGCAUCCACAAUCAUAAGAAUGUACUUAUGUCCAUUUGUUGACUUUGGCAAUGGUCCCAUUAAAUCUGCGUGGAUUCUUUGGAACGGUCUCCCCGCCGGUUCUAUUGGAUUAAUCGGUUCCCUACUCUGGUGUAAACCUAUUAUUUUCCUUCUCUGACAAGAAUCGCAUUGCUUUAUAAAUUUGUUUACAUCUUCUGCCAUUCCUUCCCAAAACAUCAAUCUCUUUAUUUUCUCCAAAGUCCUCUUUUCUCCCAAAUGUCCUCCUUGAAGUAUAUCACUGUGGUACUCUUUCAUCACUCUUCCCUUAAGCGUUUCAGGCACUAAUAUCUUUAACUGUCCCCUUUCAUUUAAGAAAAUAACUCCGUCAUAUUCUUUCCACUUAUCAUUCUCUGGGUUCUCUUUCAAUAAAUUUUUUAUUUCUUGUAUACUCUCAUCCUUUUCCUGCGCUGCUUUCAUCUCUUCAGAAUCAAUUUUCUUUUCUAUUUUAAUUAAAUUGACUUCACUUUUUCCUGCCCGUUUAUUAUCUUCCACAAAUCGGCUCAAAUGAUCACAUAAAUGGUUUUUGUUCCCGGGGCGGUAGAUAAUGUCCACAUCGUAAGCCAUGAUCGAGAUUUGGUACUUGGCUAGUCUCCCUUCUAAAUCCUUUCUCCGAAAAAGUGAGGUGAGGGCUGAGUUAUCUGUGAUCACCGUCGACCUCCCCGCGCCUUCUAGGUAGGGUCUAAAAUUUUUCAAAGAUGCAACAAUGGCCAACGCUUCUAACUCGACAACCGCAUAUCGCUUUUCAUGUUUAUUUAAUUUUC